AUGGCGCAGGUCGACGAGAAACCAGCGAUACACAGUUCCUCCCGUGGUAUGGUGGAUACCGAAAAAGCCACUACAGUUCACGGUUUGCCAGAGGAGUCGCAACUGGAUUUCCUUGAUGACCCAGAUGAAGGCUUGAGUGAGGAGGAAAGGGCGAAGAUCGAUCGUGCGUUACUGUGGAAACUUGAUUUGCGGCUCAUCCCGUGGUUGAGUUUGCUGUACCUGAUUUCUUUCUUGGAUAGAACAAAUGUUGGCAAUGCCAAGCUCGCUGGUCUCCAAGGGGAUUUGCAUAUGACUAACUCGCAGUACAACGAUUCUUUGACCAUCUUCUUCGUGUCAUACGCGAUUUUCGAACCUAUCACCAAUGUUCUCCUCAAGCGCUGGCGACCUAGCGUGUUCAUUCCGAUUAUAAUGGUAGUAUGGGGUAUAUGCAUGACUUGUAUGGGUCUCGUACACAACUUCUCUGGGAUUAUGGCGGUGCGAUGGUUCCUUGGCCUGGCGGAAGCUGGUCUCUUUCCUGGCGUUGGAUACUUCUUAUCCUGCUGGUACAAACGAUCCGAAUUUGGCGUUCGCAUGGCCAUUUUCUUCUCCGCCGCUGCCCUCGCGGGGUCAUUUGGAGGAUUGCUCGCGGCUGCGAUCGCCCUGAUGGAUGGCAUCGGAGGCAAGGCGGGCUGGUCUUGGAUCUUCAUUCUUGAGGGUCUACUGACGAUCGUCAUCGGCGUGCUGUCCGUAUGGAUGGUCUACGACUUUCCGGACCAGGCCAAAUUCUUGUCCGAAGCGGAUCGCAAGCGUGUACUGCGUCGUCUGGCGGCUGACAAGCAGGCCAGUGCCGGGUACGAGAAGUUUGAGAUGACUUAUUUCUGGAGCAGUAUGAAGGACUGGAAGACGUAUCUCAAUGCGAUCAUCUACAUGGGUUCAUGCAUGCCGCUAUAUGCAUUCUCCCUAUUUACCCCGACUAUCAUCAAUGAGCUAGGCUAUACCGCGAUUCAGGCGCAGCUGCUCAGUGUCCCGCCUUAUGCCGCGGCAGCUAUCGUCACCGUGGCAAUCGGUUUUAUCGCAGAUCGGACCGGCCAACGUGGCAUCUGCAACAUUGCAGUGUCACUCCUCGGCAUCGCUGGGUUCUCCUUGCUUCUUGGGGCCAAUUCCGCAGGUGCGCGAUAUGCAGGGGUAUUCCUGGGCGCCAUGGGCAUUUACCCCGCGAUCUCGAACACGAUUUCCUGGGCCAGUAACAACGCAGAGGGUGUAUACAAGCGUGGUGUCACGCUAGGUAUUGUCAUUGGCUGGGGCAACCUGAACGGCGUGGUAUCAUCUAACAUCUACCGCGGCGGCGACGCGCCUCAGUACUAUCCGGGUCACGGGGCGGUGCUGGCAUAUUUGGUGCUGUUCCUGUUUGGUGGAUCACUCGUGCAGUAUGUUCUCCUCCGACGGGAGAACGCGAAACGCCGUCGGGGAGACCGAGACCACUGGAUAGCAGGACUGGAGAGACAGGAGAUCGAGAAGCUUGGAGACAAGCGGCCAGACUUUAUAUACACGCUGUAG